AGCUGCCUUGCGCAAAACCCCAGUUUGAAGCUCCAGAAUUGCAUUUCACCGCUCGCUCGCUCUCUUCGUGCUCUGACUAGGUUGUUUGGAUCUACGUUCUUGCCAGUAUUCAUGGCGAAGGGUCCCGGUCUCUACUCUGACAUCGGCAAGAAAGCCAGGGAUCUUCUCUACAAGGACUACCAGACUGACCACAAGUUCACUCUCACCACCUACUCUCCCACUGGAGUUGUUAUAACUUCAUCAGGAGUAAAGAAAGGAGAGCUGUUUGUUGCUGACGUCAAUACCCAGCUAAAGAACAAGAAUGUAACCACUGAUAUUAAAGUGGACACAAACUCCAAUUUGCUUACAACCAUCACAGUUGAUGAACCUGCUCCUGGGCUGAAGACAAUUUUUUCUUUUAGAGUUCCGGAUCAAAGGUCAGGAAAGGUGGAACUUCAAUACCUGCAUGACUACGCGGGGAUAAGCUCGAGCAUUGGGUUGACAGCAAACCCUGUAGUUAACUUCUCUGGUGUAAUUGGUACUAAUGUUGUUGGACUUGGUACUGAUCUCUCAUUUGACACCAAAACUGGCGAUUUCAUCAAAUGCAAUACUGGUUUGAGCUUUUCAAAUGAAGAUCUGAUUGCUUCGUUGACUCUGAAUGACAAGGGUGACUCAAUUAAUGCCUCCUACUACCAUAUUGUGAACCCAUUGACUAGCACGGCUGUUGGUGCUGAGAUUUCCCAUAGCUUCUCAACCAACGAGAAUACUAUCACUCUUGGCACUCAACAUGCUUUGGAUCCAUUGACCACUGUGAAGGCACGUGUUAACAAUUUUGGCAAGGCAAGUGCUCUCAUCCAGCAUGAAUGGCGUCCAAAAUCACUCGUCACUUUAUCUGGAGAGGUAGACACAAAAGCUAUUGAGAAGAGUGCCAAAGUUGGAUUGGCUCUGGCUCUUAAGCCAUGAGUUUUUAGUAAUAUUGGCGAAGAGCUGUAUGGGAGGGCUUGUGAUCGCAAUGUGUUUUUCUAUUCAACUUUCUUAUCCUGAUGUUGGGAUUUACCUUUUGGACAGGUAGAUGGUACUUCGAAAUAUUUCUAUUUUUAGUGGUUUUUGGCACUGUAAAAAUAAAAUUUUCUGGGGGGGAUACACUUGUGUGCCUUUUUAGCUCCCCCCAUGAUCUCUAGUCACCUCUUAAACUGAGGUUGAACACGGUAUUUUGAGAGCUCGACUUGAGGAUUUUGUUCCAGUUUCUUAUGGCAAUUUUGUCAUUUUCAUUUUGUUAAAACUCAUCUGUGAAUGAAGUUUUUCAUAAAUUUCUUUGAAGGCGA